UUCGGACAAAAAAAAGCACUUAAACUCAAUAAACAUUUGAGAACAAGCUCGUUUGCACAGAAGCGCGAGUUACAUAAACUCUUUUCUCAAGCUAAACCAACAAAACAAAACACCACAAAAAAAUAAAUUAAAAAUCAACAACAAAGCCGUAAUUCUACUUAAUGCGACUAUAGAAGAUUUUUUAAUGAUUAAUGACGAGUUAUUAAAAUCCAAAUUGUCUUUUUUAGCCACUUAAUUAUUCAAAUCACAUGUGACAUGUUCUGAAGCAAAAGUCAGGAAGAUAAAAAAGAGUAGAGAUGAUGCGAAGAGAUUCUGUUGUUAGAUAUGUAUACAUCGAGUUUUUUCCACGAAAGGGAUCGACCCAAACCAACGUUCUGCACAUUCCCCCAAACCAGACAAAUAUAGCAAAAGAUAGAAACGCAUGCACCAAUAUAUUUAACACAAAAGAUGCCAACAUGGAUCAACUCGACGCCGUGAAAGUUUACAAAGACCUAGAAACCGGAUUGCCUGAUGUCGAACAGAAAAGUGCAUGUCAUCAAACGAGAACAGAGAGUUUAGUGUUAUCCGUCUUUGUGUUUUCUCUCUUCGGAUUAGUCACGUGCUCACUUGGUACCAUGUUUACGUGUUCAAAUGAGCUCGUAUCUCGAUGUUUGGCGAUCACGCAUGGUAUCGUGUCACUUUCAAUCACACUAUUCAUCGCAUACAAACUAUUCUCAAAGUCAAGCGCGUCACGAUACACGGUGAAAUUCUUCACGGGCGUCCUACUGCUGGUUUUCAUGGGCAGCUUUGCAGCAGUUUUCGUUAACCACAACAAGCAGAUGGAGUCAAACGCCUACUGUCACAACGUGCUAAGUACACUCAUGAAGAUCAACACGCUCUGGUCUGUUAUACAGAUAAUAUAUCUUCAACUUUUCAAAUAAUACACGACAAUUAUGAAGCUAUAUAGUCCAAGCUAGAAAGAGUAAAAAUGGUAACUUAAUAAAGAAGCCCAUCUAAAAGCAACAGAAGCACGGCCAAAAAGAUUAUAGCGAAAUACUUUUACGCUGUAGACAUGGCAAUAGUAGUCAUGACAGCAGAACAAUUUGCUAGCUUUACGGCUAAUAAAAGUUGAUCCGCGGACAAAUGUGCAACUCUGUUUUAUCAAAAAAAUUGUUUUUUUAUAAGAUUUUAUUUUAUCAGUGCUGCUAUAUUACUAAACACAAAGCCCUAACGUUUUCAGGA